AAUGUGUAUGUUGUUGGCCAUACCCAAAUGUCCUCAAAUCCACUAUAAAAUAACAUGGUUUUUAAUUGUCAGCUGCUUCAGGUUGCAGAAGCACUUCCAGACUAACUCAGACAUACAAAUACAAGUGGCUACUUGACUGUCAGUGAGAGUACCCUUUUUUUGUAUUCAGAUUUUUGAUACUGCAGAUUUAUGGCAUGAACCAUGGUUUGAAAGAGGGUGGGGAAACGUCCCGUAUUUAAACGAACACCACUUCCAUUAUCAAAUAACCUCCUUGACUUGAUAACACCAGGCGAACGUGCAAAACAUUCCGUUGCGCAGAUGUGUUGUGGAAAGUUACGUAGCAAACCCAUUUAUUAAUCAAGGUGUGCACCUAAUUUGUUUAUACAAGGUGUUACUAACAUUAUAAAUAAAAUGGCAACCGAUAAAAAGGUUAAAGACAAUUAAUUUGUGCUUGCGGUUGCUGCUAACCCUAAGUUAUAAGAGUAAUUUGUGGACAUUUCCAUACUGCGGGAGCAUUAGUAAUUUUUUCCCCAUAAAUAUACUAAAUUGGAACUAAUAACCUGUGAGGAAGAUGAAGGUUGUGCCGUUGUUCAACGAGUAACCAAAUAAAGGCGUUAAACCAUCCAAUUUUCCCCACUCGCUGCUACCUUUCCAAAGGAGAACAUCAGCUACCAACUGAUCGAUAAAUAUAUCUACAGUGUGUUACGUUUUACUGAUAAGAUACUGUAGAAACAAAUGAAGCCGAGAGAUAUUUUCCUGGCGGAAAUUUCUUAUUUAAAACUUGUCAGGAUCACAGAAACGCAAGGAGUGAGUAGAAAUAAUUUCCGGAUAGACACCUCUUGUUUUAUGUGCUCAUGAUAAAUUUUUUUUUCUUCGUAUCAUGCUGGUCUGAAUAUUUCUAAACCCCAUUUGAGUUUCAUCACACCAUGGAUACCUACGAUUUAUUUCAAACGUAUUGCUAGAAACCCCUCUAAGAGCAUCUGCCACCGGUUGCUAUGGACCUAUUAUAUCAAUACUAGCUGCGACCAAAAUGGUGGUAACAAGCAAAACUGGUCUUCUGGCAAGUACAACAAAAAAAUUAAUUCGGACGCAGGACAAUAGCGUCAGCCUAAAAGUGGUAGCAACAUCUGCUCCGUAUGUCCUGAAACCGUUUGCGGGCCUUUAUAAUCCGUUUCCAUACGGAUGCUCCCUUCUGUGCAACCACCCGGCUGACUCUGAGGCGAGGGAGUUGCUUCGAAGGGCUAAGGACACCUGGGCAAACGAAGGGAAAAAUUUGCUUUUAUCAGACGAAGUGGAAGCCAUACGGGCAUCUUUGGGCCAACUGCAUGUGAAAAUCACAAGUGAUCUUCCCAUCGGUAGCGUACCGGAGGAGUUAUUCAGGCGCUAUACAGAGACCGACUCAAGACCGUUAACUCCUGCCCCUACACUCGUUAGCGCGCAUACUCGAGCUUCGGGGUCGCGGAGGUGCGUCACUCCCGAUCCAAUGUUAAAUACUGAUGUUAGAGAGAAGACGCAACUGAUCUUAGAUCUAAGAAGGAGCCACAGCCAGGAGACUCUAUCGUGGUGCGCGGGACUGCACCACGAAAUACCGUCCAUAACCGUCGCACUGAUGCCAGAGGAGCGGAAGUCUUCAGGUGCCACGUACCGCUCGACCGAUACUCCGGAGACGCCCCGAAAGCGACCCGGACGACGCAGCAAACCAGCUUCCCCAGUCAAAGCGGCGGCUAACAGCAACGACACCAAACCCGAAAAGACAUACCUGAAAGUUGCAGAGGGCGAUGACGACGACGACAAUAGCGAGUGCGAGGGCGACGAAGACGAGGAGAGUAUAAUCAGGAGGAGAGGGAAAAAGAGAAGGAGACGAAGCCGAGACGCGUCCAGAGGACCGCCCGCCUUUCAGUCCUCGAUCGAUCCCGAAACGUUGGUCGCGACGAUCGGGCCCGAAUCCCAUAAUCCUAGCGCGCGUCCUUCCCUCGUUCCCAACGAUGCGUCUCUCGCGGAAAACGGGAUUACCCUAGAAGUUCCAGUUAUCACGGCUAGAAGCACGACGCGCCCUAGUUCUUUGGACAUCAACUCGUUUUUGGACCAUGAUAUUUUAAAGCUGUUGAGAAGGGAGCUGGAUGAGGAGGUCAUUGGGAAUGAGUUUAACAUUAAGAGACGGAAAGCAUUGGAGGAGGCGUUAAAAGCACAGUCACUCAAAAAGACAAUGUCCAAUGAGCUGAAGGAGCUGAAAGACGAGCUCCAAACGAACUUUACCGACAAAGACGCGUUCCUGGGCAUACCACGAAUGUUCAGUAGGACAAGUGCACGAUUCGAAUUGCCCAUGGAUAGUCGUGCGUUGGGUGCCAUGACGCCACUGCAAUACGUAACGGAUUACGUAAUCGUGUCGAAUUCGAGAAAGCAACUGUACAAUCAUAUAUUCAAGAAGUUUAUGAACGAGAAUGAUUUGGAAAAUGAGCAACGAAGAGUUAUUUUAGGGAAGAAUUUGCUGCCCGCUCUCAAUGAAGUUAUGUCGAAAAACAUGAGCGUCGAGCAAGGUGCCAAGUUUCGUAAUUUAGUCGAAUGGGAAGACGAGAGCGAUGUACAGUUCAAAACCUUUUGUGGAAUAUGCGCUUUGUGUGAAAGAUUGCUCGCUCCUGAUUAUCCGCUUUUGGUGUUGCCAAAACGGGAAGAUCCAUGCCAUGAAGUAUGUACAGUCUUUUGCAGAAUGAAUGGAUUUGCAAAAUUGCAGUGUAGGUAACUAACACAGCGCACUACCUCUGGUAGAUCCCUUUCUCAAAGCAACAAAGCUAAAUUCAUUUUUUGGUAGCAGCAGAUAUUUUUGCAAUUUCCUUUGUCAGAUCAAAAAGAUCACGGUACCUUAGGUACCAAUGUUGGUCGCCUAUACUACAGUUUGGCUAUCCGAGAACCACCUUCAUUCUUUUUAAAUCAAUU